UGUUGCAGCGGAGCGGACGGGUUGCUGUUUAUUCAUUCACUGCUUCACAAAAGAAUUUGUUUUGUUCCAACAAAGUGUUUAUUGGCGUUCGUUUUCAUAUAAAUCUGCGCCGAAUUAUAAGAGAGAUUAUUAUUCAAUUUUAGUUUUAGGGGAUUGUUAGUGUUGUAAGAGAGUAGUAUAUCGUGAUAGUAAACAGAAAUAGAAUAUCGGAUGUGUGCCGGUGCGAUGUUUGUGUGUUGAGUGCGGUGGUGUUUGGCGUCGGCAUGACUGGCGCAGGGACGUUGGUGCUGGUGGGGCUGGUAGCAGGGCUGGUGGCCAGCUCGGGGGCAGCAGACGCAGGCACAACGCUGCCCAACCCAGGCAUACCAGGCGAGGAGUUAACCCCUUCAGAGGUGACAUGCGACGCGGGACAGUGGCGCUGCGCAGACGGCGCCCGCUGUGUGCCGCUCGCGUGGCGCUGUGAUGGCCGGCCCCAUUGCGCAGACGCAUCCGAUGAGUUUGAUUGCACGUGGAACACGACAUGCAGCGGUCAGUUCCGCUGCGCGCGCAGCGGGCUGUGUAUCGCGGAGUCGUGGCGCUGCGACGGCGACCCCGACUGCGGGCCCAAGGACGCCUCCGAUGAGGACCCCUACAUGUGCGAGAAAGACUUCAAGUGUCCAGGCAACGAGGCUCGGUGCGCGACGCCCAUAGCUGGCCAGUUCACCUGCGUGGCUGUCAGCAGGUUCUGUGAUGGCGUCCGGGACUGCCUCGACGGCAGCGACGAGUGGGACAUCUGUGACAACUUCACCCAAACGCAGUGCGCCCCGCUGGGCUGCAAGGAGGGAUGCAAACCAACUCACGAGGGACUCGCCUGCUACUGCAAGACUGGAUUUGAACCGAAUGACGGGAAAUGUGUAGACACGGACGAGUGUGUGCGCGAGGAGGCAUGCUCUCAAUCGUGUCACAACACGGUGGGCUCGUUCCAGUGCGCAUGCGUGGCCGGGUACGUGAUGCAGCCCGACGGGAAGACAUGCCUCGCUGUUAAUGAGCCACAGAACGUGCCGGCAUCGCUGAUAGUGGCGACCCAGACCGACCUGCGCCACGUGUGGCACGGGCCACACCCGACACACCCCAACGACCACCGGCACUCUAUACCGGCUCUGGGGGUCAGAGCUGUAGAUUAUUUGUAUGCUAAUGGCACGGUAUGUUACGUACACCACAACAUGAGCAAGAGUGGUAUAACAUGCGUUAAGGCAGACGAUUUCUCCCAGCGCACCCUACUGCCUAUACCCGCGCUGUUUCCCGAUGUUAACUCUGUAAGCCACAUGGCGAUCGACUGGAUAUCCCUCACGUGGUACCUGGUGGAUGAGGGUCGCGAGGCGCUGUACUGCUGCUCCCACCAGCUGAGUCACUGCCGGCUGCUUCUGGACUCGGGUCUCAACAAGCUGCACGGGUUCGCCAUAGACCCCACACAAGGCUACAUGUUCUGGACUGUAUGGGGCGCAGCAGCCCCGACUGUGGGCCGCGCGGACCUGGCAGGUCAGAACCGGACCUCAUUAGCCUCGCUGAAGCUAGUGUACCCGUCAGCUCUGACCUUGGACCUCGCCAACAAGAUGAUCUACUGGGCCGACACGUAUCUGGAGUGUAUAGAACGCGCUGAUUAUGAUGGGAAUCAUCGGUUGACUAUCCGGAGAGGUUAUGUGACCCAGAAACUGCAGCACAUAUCCCUGCUGGAGACGACACUGUUCCUCCCCGUGUGGGGCAACAGCACCAUAGCCAUGGUCCCGCGGUACAGCCGCGACCGGCGCCGCGCCGGCGAGGUGGCGCUGGACGCGCGGCCCACCGCCGUGCUGGCCUACCAUCGUCAGAGGCAGCCCACAGUGCCGCACCCGUGCGCGGUGAACAAGGGCGGGUGUGCACACAUGUGUGUGACGUCAUACCGCGCCGGCCGGCCGCAUGCGUUCUGCCUCUGCACGCACGGGUACCGCUUGUCUGGACUUAAGGAUUGCGUUCGCGCGGAGCUGGACAGCUACCUGGUGGUGGCCCGCGGGUCGCCGCCGCUGGUGCAGGCGCUGGCGCUGCGCGGGGCGCACGCGGGCUGGGAGGCGCUGGCGCCCGCCACCGACGCCGCGCGCCCCACCGCCGCAGACGUCGACGUGCGCGCCGGGUACCUCUACUACUGCGACGUGCACAGAUACGAGAUUGUGCGACAAAAGCUCUCCGGAGCUGACAGAGAAGUUUUCAUAGAGCAAGACGUGGACAACUGCGAGGGAAUCGCUGUCGAUUGGAUGGCUCGUAACCUGUACUGGACGGAUGACGCGCUGGGCCGAGUGAGUGUGGCGAGCUUGGACACGGGUACCCGCCGCGCGCUCGUACACGAGCCCAACUUCAACCCGCGCUCCAUCGUACUGGACCCCGCCAACGGGCUGAUGUACUGGUCGGUGUGGGCGUCGGCCGUGGCUGCCCGCGGCCGCAUCGAGGCCGCCCGCCUGGACGCCAGCUCCCGCCGCACGCUACUGGACACCGACCUGCUGUGGCCCAACGGACUGGCGCUGGAUCUUGACAAGAACGUGCUUUAUUGGUGUGACACGUACCUGAACAAGAUCGAGAAGAUGGCACUGCCGGCGGGCAAGCGCGAGCUGGUCGCGCAGAAUACUGCGCAGACGCCGCUCCUCAAACCAUAUGGACUGGCUCUCUAUGAGGGCGCAAUACUGUGGAGCGAGCACGGCACGGGUGUGAUCAAGAAGCUGGAGAACGGCAACGUGACGGUGGUGCACACGCUGCCGCCGCCGCUGUACGAUCUGAAGCUCAUAUCCAACACCGCACGGAUUGGUGCAAACAAGUGUUCGUACAACAAGGGCGGGUGCUCGGAGCUGUGCCUGUGGCUGGGCGCGGGGCAGUACACGUGCGCGUGCGGCGAGGGCCGCGUGCUGGACGCCACCAACCGCAGCUGCGUGCUCAGCACCGCGCCCGCCGCGCCGCGCUGCACCGAGGGGCGGUUCCACUGCGGACGCGGACGUUGCAUCGAUGCCUUGUACGUGUGUGACGGCGACGCGGACUGUCCUGAUGGCUCUGAUGAAGAUUCAUCGCCUGCCGGACCUUGUGCCAACGUGACCUGCAGUCAGGAGCAGUUCAUGCAGUGCGACACCAACCGCUGCAUCCCCAAGAACUGGGUCUGCGAUGGACUCACAGAUUGUGCGGACGGUGCUGACGAGACUGCGCAUGCGUGCUCGCGUAUCGCGUGCGGCCCGGAUCAGUUCGCCUGCGCCACCUCCCGACGCUGUAUACCCGCCGCCUGGCGCUGCGACGGCGCACGGGACUGUGGGAGAGAUGACCCCAGCGAUGAGAGGGAUUGCCGUAACCUAGAAUGCAGCGAGGAGAUGUUCCGCUGCAGCAACGGCGCAUGCGUCCCGUGGGAGUACAACUGCGACGGCCACGCUGACUGCGCUGACGCAAGCGACGAGCGCGCCUGCCCCACGCCCCCCACUAUACCCGGGGGGACGGGAACUAAUCAUACACCCAGCCCACCCAAUAGGCUACAUCCACAUCAUGAUGACAGGACUCGAUUGUGUGAGGACCACGAGUUCCAGUGCAAGGACCAGGAGUGUAUCCGUAUGGAAUUCCGCUGCGACUCCCGAGUGGACUGCCUGGACGGGUCUGACGAAGCGGAUUGCACAGAGGUCCGACCAAAGACCACGACGACACCAGCACCUACCCAGCAACCUGUGGAGGACACCGGCUGUGUGGCGCCGGCGCUGCGGUGUGACAACAACACGCGCUGCGUGCCGCUGCUGCAGCUGUGCGACGACAACGCCGACUGCGCCGACAACAGCGACGAGGCAGACAGAUGCGGCGAGCCAAUGUGCUUAGUGGCAGCGUGCUCGCACAUCUGCCACCCCACCCCGCAGGGGCCGGUGUGCGCGUGUCCCGCCGCGCUGCACCUACAGCGGGACGGACUCACGUGUGCUGACCAUCACGUCUGCACCGAGUGGGGGGUUUGCAGUCAGUCGUGUGUGCCACAGAAAAACCGGCACAAGUGUACAUGCUUCGACGGAUUCCAGCUGGCCGAUGAUGGAUUUACCUGCAAAAGCACAGACAAAGCAGUCCCCCUGCUAGUAUUCAGCAACCGUCAUGAAGUCCGCGGCGUGGAACUGCCGUCAUUGGCGUCUCGAGCGCUCAUCUCCUCUCUGAAGAAUACCAUCGCUCUGGACUGGCGACGCGACCCCAAGACUGGCAGUGUGGACUUGUACUGGACUGAUGUGGUGGAUGAUAACAUCUAUAAGGGAACUAUUAUUGGCAAUGCUCUAAGCGGCAUCGAGGUGGUGGUGCAACAAGGUCUGUCGACCGCCGAGGGUCUAGCCGUGGACUGGGUGGCGGGGAACCUCUACUGGGUCGAGAGCAGUCUGCACCAGAUUGAGGUAGCAAGGUUGGAUGGCCAGUACCGGCGGACAUUGAUAGCCGGCGACAUGGACAGCCCGCGAGCCAUUGCCGUAGAUCCUAACAUGGGGUACCUAUUCUGGAGUGAUUGGGAGCAAGCAGCGCCGCGUAUCGAGCGGUGUUCCUUAGCGGGUAGACACCGAGUGGGCGUGGUACGGGUCGACGCACUUACUGACGGCGCCUGGCCCAAUGGGAUCACCCUAGACCAUCUCUCCAAGAGACUCUACUGGAUUGAUGCUAGAUCAGACUCGAUCCACACGACCACGUACGACGGCACGGACUACCACGAGGUCCUCCGCGGGCACGCGGCGCUCUCCCAUCCCUUCGCCAUUACGGUGUGGGAGUCGCACGUGUACUGGACGGACUGGCGCUCCAACAGCGUGGUGCGCGCCAACAAGUGGAACGGAAGUGACGUAGCUGUUGUCCAGAGGACGUUGACCCAGCCUUUCGAUAUCAAGGUGAUCCACCCAUCCCGACAGCCAAUCAGCUCGCACAACCCGUGCGGCGUGAACAACGGUAACUGUUCCCACCUAUGCCUCAUCGACGCGCCCGACACCCGCGUCUGCGCAUGUCCGCAUGUCAUGAGGCUCGCCAAGGAUAACGUCACAUGUGAAGUCCACGAGAAAGUCCUACUGUACGGUCGCGCGGGAGAGAUCCGCGGCGUAGACCUAGAAGAGCCCCGGGUACAUAUCAUCCCGACUGUGUCCGGACCACACCUCACCUCACCCGCGGUACUGCAACUGCUGCCUAGUGAGACCGCACUCUUCUGGGCUGAUACAGAGACAAACGAAAUAAAACGCAUAGGCCUCACUGGCGGCCCGGUGCGCGUGAUAGCGGACAGCGGCGUUGAGACUCCGCGCGGCUUCGCCCUGGACUGGGCGGCGCGCCUGCUGUACUACUCCACGGGGUCAGCCCUCGCUGUCUGCAACCUCGCCGGGGAGUACACCACCCUGUUGUACACUGAUCUGCAUAACUUGACGUCGCUUGCUGUUGAUCCGCUCAGGGGCAAGUUAUACUGGUCAGCCACGCCAUCCAGCGGCGAGCGUAUAGAGAUGGCCAACGGUGAUGGUAGCGGCCGCCGCCUGCUGGCCGACACACACAACGACCCGCAGCUCGCCGGAGUCACCAGUUUGUGCGUGGACGUAGAGAGCAACACUCUGUACUGGGUCAACAUCGACUCUGCGACUAUGCAGUAUCUCGACGUCCGUACUGGGAAAAUUACUACGCUGCCCUUGGGUGUGGGCGCGCGGCCGGCGGCUCUAGACGUCUACGGGGGCGAAGUCCUAUGGGCCGACAGCGAGGACAACACGCUACGGGCAUGUGGACGACUUGACUGCUCGAAGCCUAGGCUGCUGAGAAAUAAUACUGAGGGCGUGAUAUCUCUUCGUGUGUACGACGCGAGUAUCCAGAACGGGUCGGCGGGCGCAUGCGCACUGCGUCGCUCGGCGUGUGCUCAGCUGUGCCUGCCUGUCAGCCGGCUGGACAGCGUGUGUCGCUGCGCCACCGGGUAUGCGCGGGACGGCGCGCGGUGCAGAGCUGUGGACGAGGUUCUGGUAUAUUCUGGCAGCUGGGAGAUCCGCGGCUUAUCCCUCACAGGCAACGACACGAGCAACGUACUGCCACCUAUUGCGCAGCUGUCCAUGGCUUCUUCUAUCGAUUACCAUGCAGAGGGCGAAUGGGUGUACUGGGCGGACUCAGAGGGCGGGUCCGUGUGGCGCAUCAAGCGGGACGGCACGGCGCGCGCGCUGCUGCUGCACCACACCGACCCGCUCGACGCGCACGCCGCCGACUGGCUCGCUGGUUUGGCAGUGGACUGGGUGGGCGGUAAUAUGUACUGGUCGGACCCGCGCCGCAACCUGGUGGAGGUGGCGCGUCUGGACGGCAGCCACCGAUACGUGCUGCUCGAUACGGAUCCCGACGCUGUCACCACAUUAGCGGUGGACCCGGUCCGCGGCUGGUUGUUCCUGUCAGGGGGUGGUUGGAUCCAGCGGGCGCGGUUGGACGGUUCCUCUAGAGAUCUCCUGUACAACGGCACUGCAGUCGCCGACAUCGCUAUUGAUUCCAAGAAUGAGUUGAUCUACUGGGCAGACACGUGGGACGUGUCAGUGUGGCGCAUGCAGUACUCUGGCCUGGGCCGCACGCAGCUGGCCCGCGGCGCGCCCUUCCACCACCCCGUCGCUCUUGCCCUCCACAACAACACGCUCUAUUGGCUCGACACAAUGCUGAACCGUGGUAGCGUGGUAUCAGCGCCGCUGUCCAACCUGAGUGACUACCGUGUGUUGAAGGAUAACGCAGGGGACAGCCUCAAGGAUAUACUGAUCUGGUCGCAAGCGUCGCAAAGUAUCCCGGCGCACAACUCGUCGCUGGCGGCCAACCCGUGCGGCCGCGACAACGGCGGCUGCGCGGCGCUGUGCCUCUACGACGGCGCCCGCGCCCGCUGCGCCUGCCCGCACGGGGACCUGGCUGCGGACGGGAAGAACUGCACACCGUACACGUCAUUCCUGAUGUACUCUCGCGUGACGAAGAUCGACAGCAUACACCUACGAGACGAGAAGGACCUCAACUCACCGUACCCGCCCAUACAGAACAUGGAACUAAUGCGCAACGCGAUCAGCCUCGCGUACGACUACAGUUCGCAACGGCUAUUCUACUCCGACAUUCAGCGCGGGUCCAUCAACACGGUCCACUUCAACGGCUCCGACCACCGCGUGUUGCUUGAACAAGUAGCAGCAGUAGAAGGCAUGGUGUUUGCCUCUCACACGGGCGAGUUAUACUGGACGUGUACCAGCGCGGCGGCCAUCCGCUCUGUCAAGUUGUCAGCCCUGGCGUCGUUGGCGCUGCCGGACCGGGCGAGUGUCCUGCGGACUGUACUACGGCUGCCCACAGGAGCCCGACCACGGGGGCUCGACAUCGAUCCUUGUGAGAGCCGUCUGUACUGGACGAAUUGGAACGAGUCAUCCCCGAGCAUUCAGCGAGCGUAUACAUCAGGCCUAGGGCUCCAGAGCAUCGUGUCCACAGACAUCAUGAUGCCCAACGGCCUGGCCCUCGACCACAAGGCCAAGAAGAUCUACUGGGCUGACGCGAGGCUCGACAAGAUUGAGAGGAUGCACUAUGAUGGGUCACAUCGACAUAUAGUGACGCAGUCCAGCACGCAGCACCCGUUCGACGUGGCGGUGGCCGGCGACUACGUGUUCUGGACGGACUGGGUGGCGCACGGCGUGUUCCGCGCCGACAAGCGCGCCGGGGACGUGACGGCGCUGCGCCGGGACGUGCCCCGGCCCAUGGCCGUCGUCGCCGUCACCGACAACCAUCAGAUCUGUUCCCGCGACCCCUGCCUGGUCUUGAACGGCGGUUGCGCUGAAAUCUGCACGAUGGACGAAUCAGGCCUCGCGUCCUGCCACUGCGGCGCGGGCCGCGAGUUGUCCUCAGACCUCCACUCCUGCAGGCCUUUAGACAGCGUGUGCGCAGACAACCAGUUCUCCUGCGCCGAGGGUGCCUGCAUACCUAACGAGCUAGUAUGUGAUGGAGUACCGCAUUGCAGUGACACUACAGACGCUAGCGACGAGGAUCUGUACUUCUGUACGUCCCGCGUGUGCCCGGCGGGCUGGGUGCCGUGCGGCGCGGGCGGGCGCUGCGUGGCCGCGCGCGGCGUGUGCGACGGCCGCGCCGACUGCGACGACGGCACCGACGAGGCCGGCUGCGACUGCCAGCCCACGCAGUUCAAAUGCGACGACGGCAUGUGCGUGGAGAUCACGGCGCGCUGUGACGGCGUGCUGCAGUGCGCCGACGCGUCCGACGAGCGCGCCUGCGCACUGGCGUCGUGCGCCGCGCUGGGGCCGCAAGCGGUGCCCUGCGGCGCCGGCGCCGACUGCUACAUGCCGGCCUGGCGCUGCGACAAUCACACGGACUGUCCUAACGGGGAGGACGAGGUCGGGUGCCAAGAAGAAACAGAAGACUCGGACAAGAGCAUAAUAGAUUCUCUAGAAGAAUCCGGCGAGGGUUGCGGCCCGCUGCAGUUCACCUGCGGCAGCAGCGGGGCGAGCAAGGCGGGCGGCGCCGAGUGCGUGCCGCUGGCGUGGCGCUGCGACGGCCGCGCCGACUGCACCGACGGCAGCGACGAGACGCUGCAUUGUGGUCACACGAACACCUCAUCGUGUACAUCCACGCAGUUCGCGUGCGGUACGUCGGGGCCGGGCGGCGGGCCGUGCGUGCCCCUGAGCGCCCGCUGCGACGGCGUAGCGCACUGCCCGCACGCCGAGGACGAGAACAACUGCGCCUGCGCCGCCGGCGCCUUUAGAUGUGUGUCGUCGGGCGCCUGUCUUAAUGCGGAGUUGUACUGCGACGGCGACUCGGACUGCGUGGACGGGUCGGACGAGCCCCCCGGCUGCUCGCCCCGUACCCCCGCCGCCACCCUCGCGCCCCCCGCGCCCCUCUGCGCCGGCAUGCCGGGGGCGCUCUACUGCUCUGGGAAAUGCAUACCAAGAGAGUUACUCUGUGAUGCCAGAGACCACUGUUUGGAUGGGCUAGGACAAGGCGCUGGGAGUGAUGAGGAUCCCUAUAUGUGUGCGUCGUUCACCCGUGCGUUUGGCUCGGGAGUGGAGCAAGCGGUGGCCCCGGUGGGCGCAUGCGCGCGCGGCCACUGGCAGUGCGGCAACGGCGCAUGCGUGCCCGUCAGCGCACUCUGCGACGGAGACGACGACUGUGGGGACCUCACUGACGAGUGGCACUGCAAUAUAAACGAGUGUCUAACGAUGAACGGCGAGUGCGCGCACAACUGCACGGACUUGGCCGUGGGGUUCGCGUGCUGGUGCCGCCCGGGGUGGAGGCGGGCCGGCGCCGGCGCCUGCGCAGACGUGGAUGAGUGCCAGGAGGACGAGCCCUGUGACCAUCACUGCCGGAACACCAUGGGUAGCUUCGUCUGUUCGUGUGCUAAAGGAUACAGACUGAUGUCUGACGGCAUCAGUUGUGCACCGAUCAGUUCAAUAAAAGCGUCGUUAAUCUUCACGAACCGCUACUACAUCCGGCGCGCGCCGCUGGAGCCCACCGCGCACGAGCCGCCCACCUCGCUCAUAGUGCACAACCUCACCAACGCCGUGGCGCUGGACAUGGAGUGGGCCAGCGGUUGCCUCUACUGGAGUGACGUCACGCGCCUCGGCAGCUCCAUCAAGAGGGUCUGUCGGGCGUCUAGUGUGCCUGCUUCUACCAGCGACGAUUAUCAGCUGCUCCACGGGGCGACGCUGCAGAACCCGGACGGUCUGGCAGUGGACUGGGUGGCGCACGUGAUGUACUGGUGUGACAAGGGCACUGACACCAUCGAGGUGUCCCGCCUCGACGGCCAGCACCGCCGCGUGCUGCUGCGCGGCGGGCUCAGCGAGCCGCGGGCGCUGGCGCUCCACCCCGCGCGAGGGACCAUCUACUGGUCGGACUGGGGCGCGCGGCCCCACAUCGGCCGCGCCGGCAUGGACGGCAGCCAGCGCGCCGUCAUCAUCGGCUCGGGGCUCGGCUGGCCCAACGCGCUCACCGUCUUGCACCACUCCAACGAGCUGUACUUCGCCGACGCCCGCGAGGACUACAUCGCCGUGGCAGACCUCGAUGGAAAGCAUGUCCGGGUGCUGUUUUCCAGAGAGCGCAUGCCGUGGCUGCAGCUGCACCACGUGUUCGCUCUGGCGGUGUGGGAGGGCCGCGUGUAUUGGAGCGACUGGGAGACGCGCGCCAUCGAGUCCUGCCGGCGACGACCCAACCCGCAUUAUAAGGAAACGAACACAACAAACCUGAGCGCCGGCGGUGCGUACGAGUGCAAGACCGUAGUGCACGUGGUACACAAACCCAUGGACUUGCGCAUUUUCCACCCCGCACGACAGCCAGAGUACCCAGAACUAUCUGCCCUUUGCGAGAAGCUCAACUGUUCGGGUCUCUGCCUACUAACCCCGGCCCCUGAAGGCGGUACAGCGGGCGCCACAUGUGCGUGCCCGGAACACUUCGUCCUCAACCCCGACGGCAGAACCUGCGCCCCCAACUGUACAUCCGCGCACUUUGUCUGCAAGACCGCGCUUAAAUGUAUACCGUUUUGGUGGCGGUGUGAUACUCAGGAUGACUGCGGUGAUGGGUCAGACGAGCCAGCGUCCUGCCGGGCGUUCCGAUGCGCCCCAGGACAGUUCCAAUGCAACAACGGACACUGCGUGCACCCCUCGCAGAUCUGCGACGGACACCAGCAGUGCGGGGAUGGAUCUGAUGAGACAGACUGUGAUGAGUUCACGUGCCUGUCGUCGCAGUUCAAGUGCCCGGGCAACGCGACGGCGGGCGUGGCGGCGCGCUGCAUCCCGGGCGCGGCGGCGUGCGACGGCCGCCACGACUGCCCGGGGGGCGCCGACGAGCGCCACUGCCCGCCACGGACCUGCCCGCCGCUGCACUUCACGUGCGGCAACGGCGCGUGCGUGCCGCUGGUGUGGGUGUGCGACACGGACGGCGACUGCGGCGACGGCUCGGACGAGGGCGCGCUGUGUGCGCACCGCCACUGCGCACGCGACGAGUUCCGCUGCGCCUCGGGCCGCUGCAUCCCGCGGGAGUGGCUGUGUGACGCUGAGGCGGACUGCCCCGGGCGCGAGGACGAGGCCGAGUGCUCGUCCCGGUCGGCUCCCCCCUGCGAGCCGACGUACUUCCGCUGUCCAUCCGGCAAGUGUAUCCCGGGCAGGUGGCGCUGCGACUUCGAAGACGACUGUGGAGACCGCGCCGAUGAGAUGAACUGCCAACCCCGGAACUGCUCCGAGACUGAGUUCAGAUGCAGCAACGGUGAGUGCAUCCGCGGCUCGCUGCGCUGCUCGGGCGCCGCGGAGUGCUCGGACGGCUCGGACGAGCGCCAGUGCGCGCCCACCUGCUCGCCGCAGGCCCGCGCCUGCAACCACACGCCCGAGUGCGUCUUGAACGAGUGGUGGUGCGACGGCGAGGCGGACUGCGGCGACGGGUCGGACGAGGCGGAGUGCGCCCCCUCGGCGGAGGCGGCGCCCGCGUGCGGCUCGCGCCUGGCCUGCCGCGGGCCCCGCGCCGCCUGCCUGCCCGCCGCCUGGCGCUGCGACGGCAAGAGGGACUGCGCCGACGGCUCCGAUGAGAGCGCCCAGGCAUGCGCGGUAGCCUGCCAUCCGCCUAUGUUCAGAUGUGACAACGGCAAAUGCGUCCCUCCGAACUUCGUGUGCGACGGAUACGACGACUGCUCGGACCAGAGCGACGAGAACAAACACCUCUGCGUUCGUUUGAGAUCAGCAUGUCUACUGCACGAGAGUAUGUGCGACGAUGGACGCUGCGUGCCGCUCAACGCCAGCUGCGCUAUUGGCGGUCCCUGCAACUGGCAGACUUGUUCACAGCUCUGUUUACCGAAACACAACCAAAGUCACGUGUGCAAAUGUGUGCCGGGAUACAAGCAGAGAACGCUGCCUGACGGCAGUCUUACCUGCGAAGGCGAUGGUGACAAAGCGAAGGUGAUAGUGGCGGAGUCCGGAGUGCUGCGAAUGUGGGAGUUGCACAAACAGGAACACGACCACAGCGAGGAACCUGUUGAUAUCGACAAGUCCGAAAUAACAUCAAUAGCAGUGGCGCUGCUAGGCGGGCGCUGGUGGGCGUGGUGGGCGGAUGCGGCGGGCCGCAUGCGGCGCCUCGACGUGACGGAAGCGGCCGCCGCGCCACCCGCGCCGCUAGCGGCGCACCUCGCCAGCGACGUUGUUCGCGACGGCGGCAUCAUCCGCGGCAUAGCCAUCGACGCGGUGUCCCAGCGCGUGUACUGGACGGCGGUGCAGGCGGCGCCGGGCCGCGCCGGCGUGGGCGCCGUGUACUGCGCCGCGCUGGACGGCCGCCGCCGCCGCACGCUCUACAGCAGCGCCGGCGCCGAGCCCGACGACAUCGUCAUACACAACGCCACUAGACAAAUGAUAUGGUCGGACCGCGGGUCGGACCCGGGCAUAAUGAUCGCCAGCCUCGACGGCGGGGCCCCGCGCUGGCUGGUGCGCCGCCGCCUGCGCCGGCCCGGGGCGCUGGCGCUCUACCCGCCCGCCAACAGGCUGUACUUCCUCGACACCUACUAUGACACCCUGGAGAGCGUCAAGAUUGAUGGCAGCGACAGAGUUACCAUCGCUGUGUUCACACAUUUCGAGACCACGCCGGCUAACCACAAAGAGUCGAGCAACAAGUCGUGGCCGGCCGUGGCGGCGGGCGGGCGCGCAUGCGUGCGCAUGGCGGCGUGGGAGGAGUGGGUGUGGUGCGGCACGCGGCGCGGCCUGGUGCGCGUGGCGCGGCGCGGGGGGCGCGGGGGGCGCGGGGCCGCCGCCGCCGCGCGCCCGCAGCUGGCGCUCACGGCGCUCGCCAUACUGCACCCCACGCUGUUCCUGCAGCCCGGUGUGGACCCGUGCGUGAAGGCGGACGGCAGCCCCACGUGUCACCCGAGCGCGCUGUGCGUGCGCAGCAGCAGCAGUAAGGGAUAUAGCUGUCUCUGUCCCGACGGACUCAGCCUCGGACCAGAAAUACCGCCUUCACCGACGGGUCAAGACCAGCGUCAAUGCAUAAUAUCAAGUCCACCAUCGGCGAGCAACACAUCGUGCCCUCUCCUUUGCGGGGUGGGCAGCUGCGAGCGUGACGCGCGCGGCAAUGCGCAGUGCCGCUGCCCACCCUUGUACGACGGCGCGCACUGUCAACACUACCGUUGUAUGAGGCACUGCCUUCACCGCGGACAUUGCAUGCUCAAUGAUGAUGGGAUCAGUUUGAAGUGCAUCUGCCCCGCGGGCUACACGGGCGGCCGCUGCGAGCUGCCGGUGUCCGGCGGGCGCGGGCCGUGCGCGCGGCACAGCUGCGAGAACGGAGGCACCUGCGUGGUGCACCACUACUCGCCGCGCUGCCAGUGCCCGCCGCAGUAUACCGGGGUGUCGUGUGAGCAGUGUAGCGACAAGCCGGAGUGUCCGGCGGGCUCGGUGUGCGUGUGGACGGACGGGGAGGCGCAGUGCAGCGCCGCCAUCUGCAACGGGUUCUGCUUCAACCAGGGCACGUGCGCGGUGUCCCAGGACGGGCGCGUGUCGUGCUCCUGCCCACCCCCGUGGGCCGGCGACCGCUGCCAAUCCCGCGCAUGCGUCGACGCGGACUGUGCCACCAAUAACACCAAUGACAGCGAGUACGAUGACCACGACUACCGACCACAUCCUAUGUCAGAGUGCAACCCGGGCGAGUGCAAGCACGGCGGGCAGUGCCUGGGCGCGCAGGGUGGGCGCGUGUGCCGGUGCGUGGGCGCGUGGGGCGGGCCGCGCUGCGACCACUACGUGGGCCACGACCACGCCUGCAUCGCGCGCGCCUGCCCGCCCGCCUCCUUCUGUGCCUGGAAGCCCAUGCUGAACCACGAGGACGCGGGCGUCCCGUUCUGCGCGUGCUACGAGGGCGCGCGGUGCUCCGCGGCCGAGGCGGGCGGCGCGGGGGCCGCGGGGGCGGCGGGCGGCGGCCACGGCGCGUGGGGCGGCGCCGCUGUGGCGCUGCUGGUGCUGGUGGCCGCCGUGCUCGCCGCCUUGUACGUCAUACACCGCAGGAGGCACGGAGCGUUCGUGCACGCGCGGCUGGCUGACAACGUGGAGAUCAAUAACCCGAUGUACCUCGCCGGCGAGGACGAGCCUGAACCACGAUUGAACCACACGCACAGCAAUGGCGGCAACCACUUCGCGAACCCAGUGUACGAGAGUAUGUACGCCCCACAACAGAACAAUCCUACAGAGGAGCACGCAAACCUACUAGACGGGUCCGGCGACGGUUCACCGCCGCCCGCCGAGCAAGCCGCGUUGCUCUGAACGCCGGCGAGAAGGACAUCGUUCUAGUAAUAUGACGUUACGAUCAUGUAGAACAUUGUUACAAUUUAUUUGACGUAAAGGUUGGCAACCCUCACCUCACUUAUGUUACAAGUCUCGGGCAAAUAAACAUGGAAGCAAGUUUGUUGACGACACUCGGAUAACCACUGUUGGAGGCGACGUUGGCUCCGGUAAAAAAACUCCUUCGAAAUGGUGUUAAAAUUGACUGUAAUGAAUUAAAACUAGGAAAUUAUUCACAUAAGUUAAAGAGACAAGAAAAACAUGCCCCGUCGGCAAAGUCGUAAGUGAUAUUGCCAGAGCAAAAUAUAUUACAAUAAAAUAUAUAUACUUAUUAAGUUUUGGGCCGAUACUAUUUAGUUUGCCAUCGACACGAUAAGAAGAUUUUGAUGUUGCCAACACAGCCUAUAUGUCUGCUCUGUCAAAUUUUACCUGCCUAUAACUGUGCCAAACUAAGAUGUAUUAUUCAAAAUGUAAUGACGAUAAAAACUAGAAGCUCAAAUGUAGGCGGCAGCACUGUUGAGUGUUCCUAAAUUUUGACAGUUCUCCAUAAUGGCCCCGAUUCCUGCAGACACCGCCUAAUUUUAUUUUAAGUUAUAUCCGUCAUUUUCAUAUCCGUCGAAAAGGAAAGGGACGGAUGAUUCACAGCUCGUAAUUUUAGGAAGAUUGAGUAAAUGAUUUAAUAACCCGGGCGAAUCAAAAAGGUACGUCCCUGGUAUGCAAUCCGUUUGACGUGCUGUCUACUUAACUGUGUCGGGUUAUUGACUGAUGUAAAAUUUUUAGACGGCUGUUUUAGAUUUGUGCAUAACAUUGACGUGUGUUCCAUAAAUUUUAUGCUUGUCGAUUACCCGUCCCUUUCCUUCUCGGCGGAUAAGAAAAUGACAGAUAUAACUUAAAAUAAAAUUAGAUGGUAUUUACAGGAAUUAGCACCACUGUCCAUUUAAAAUUAGUGAUAAAUUGCUAUAAAAUGCGGCGCAACGUGGUUACGAAAAAGAAAAGCAGCCAGUUGGAAAAAGGCAGUAUUGAUUAAAAAAAUUUCUAAUUUCUAUUUUUUCUAAGUUUUUGUAAUUUUUCUUCUUUCCGAAACCAAAACAAUAAUGUUUCUUUAUUCAAUAGUAUGGGGAACUGUCAAAAUUUAAGAACACUCAAUAGUAGCGACACCUGACGGGAGAAACAGGCAGUUUUUAUCCUCAUUUUAACAUCACAAUUAAUUUACAUAAAUAAUUAUUAAGUAUUUACUUAUUUAUUAUUUACAAACAUUUUGAUAUAAAAAAUCCUUUACAAUUUUGUAAAUACCAAAGUGUAAUGAAGACGAAUUAUUAUUUUUCCCAAUUUUUUUUUAAAUUAAUUUGUCGGCACAAUAUUUUUUAUCGCGUAAUUAAAUUUAAUAUUUUUUUUUAUCGCUUAAUUAUAGAAUCUCAUUUGGACGACCAAAAUCAUUAACUUGAUAAUAUAAAGUAUAGCAAAUAAAGAUCUAUACAUGACAACAAAUUUAGUGUAACCUUUAUCUCUAUGCGAAAGUAGAUAGGACUUUAAAAAAAAACUUAAUUAUAUUGCAAAUACAUACCUACUUAUGUUACCUCCACAGUUCUAAAAAACCUUUCAUGUGAUUGGUUGAUUUUAACUCUGUAAAAAUUAUCACCAAUCGCAUUACUUAUGCCAUUGUGGCGGACCCUACUAGUUGGCCAGCUAGUUCCGCCCACAUGCAUCAGAUGG